AUGAAUAAGCGUCUUUUGCGGUCUUUGGGCUUACUUUUAGGUUUAUUGGUGUCUUUACAGCCUUCUUAUGUACAUCCGGAUGAACAUUUCCAGAGUAUAGAGAUCUUACAGCAACAGUUAAGAGGUAUUCGAGGGACGGUGGCCUGGGAGUUCAAAGGGGGUAACGAGUCGCGAAGCAUUGUACCUUUAUAUCUUUGGUAUGCGCCUGCUAUAUUGUUAAGUAGCCACCUAAAGACUGUUAGACCGCUGGUGGCAAUGUAUAUUAUGCGAAUGCAGAACUAUUUGUUGUUUCUUGCUGUUUGGAAAGUGUCCAGUAGGGUGCUAGAGAGCUCAAAGCUGCGUCGCUCAAGCGCCGAUCUAUUGAUGUGUACGUCUUAUGUAGUUGGGGGAUAUUUGUCGCAUACAUUCUCCAAUUCGAUUGAGGCGGUUAUUCUGCUGGCAGUACUCUCUAUGAUGGAAAUACUGGUCCAGAAGCCCAGGCAAGAGCAUGAGGAGUAUCUGAUUUCGGGGCUGAUGGGUGUAGCUGUGGCUUUAGGAGUGUUUAACAGAAUUACGUUUGGGGGGUUUAUCUUGUUGCCUGGUCUGUUGACAUUUGGUAAGUUCUACUGGCGUCAUUGGAGAUCGCUGUUAGUGGCUGCAGGCAGCUGCCUUUUUACAGCGGCGUGGAUAAUCUGGGCAGAUAGCAAGAUAUACCAGUCGAAUAGGUGGGUCAUUGCACCACUGAACAAUCUGCUCUAUAACAUUAAUGAGGACAAUUUGGCGCAGCACGGUCUCCACUCACGAAGCACUCAUCUUCUAGUGAACUUGCCUCAGCUACUAGGUCCUGCACUGAUUCCGGCACUAAGGCCGAGAUGGAGAAUGGUAAGGAUACCUUUCUUAUCAUGUAUUUCAGGCUUACUUGUGCUUUCUAUGUUUAAGCAUCAGGAAGUUCGCUUCCUUGUUCCACUGGUGCCUGCAUUAUUCUUGUCGAUAGAGACACUUGGAUUUGCUCGCUUGAUCUCAUCAAAGACCCUAUUAAAUGUUUGGCUAAUUUUUAAUAUUGCUAUGGCAGCAAUUGUUGGGAUUGGACACCAGCGGGGUGUGAUUACGGCUUUAAACUACUUGAAAGAAACCCCUGUGGAGGUACAAGUGUGGUGGAAGACGUACUCACCGCCUACCUGGAUUCUUAUGAACCAAGAUUUGACAGUUUCAACUACGAACUUUGUUGAUGGCGAGGAAAGGGUGGAUGAUAUAGAGUUCAGAGUUACUGAGAACCAUAUUGUAGAUCUGAAGGGGUCCGACAUACAAUUACUGAAUCACACGUUGACAAUGUUUUUAAAAAAUGGUGCCCAUGUGAAUUUGAUAAUGCCCGAUUCGGUUUUAAAGCUUGCUACUAAGUUGAGGAAGGAAUAUAGCUACGAACUCCAACCUCUAUACAGUUCACAUCUCCAUAUUGAUCUUGAUCAUAUAGAUGUGAAGGAUCUUUCUUCGCUACGCCCUGGCAUCACAGUCUACAAUAUCAAUAAGAUUAAAGACUGA